UUUAGUUAGCCAUUAUUGGAGGUAGUUUAAGUGUGUUGGGAUGUCGAUGAAAUUGUUGAAGGAAGCUAUCGAGCUUGUGAAUGCAGAUGAUAGCGUGAAAAGCGCAAAAACCGUACGGAAAUCAGGAAGGCCUUCGAAGAUGGAAAGAAAUCGUCAGCAGUUUGCCGCCGUAGCUACCACUUCAGAAUACGAUCCGGAAUUGGAUGAUAUCAUCGUUAAUUCUAAUGUGCAAAGGCGAAGUGUAAAGAACCAGAAUAGGAAAAAAAUUGCUAAGAACAUUUCGCUGUUAGAAGAAAGUCGUUUAAAAGGUAAGACGAAUCUAUUGAAACGUAACAUCAAAUAUAUGAUUUAUGAAGCGAACUGUAAAUUGGAUCCUGACAAAACCAAACAGAUGAUGGACUUCAUGGAUGAACAUAACCGUCGUCGAAAAAAAAUUCUUCGCGCAUUGCGUAAACGAAAUAAUGGAGUACGAGAUCAUCGGUACUUCAAGAAAUCCAACAAUAAAUCCAUAUUUACGAAUGAAGAUUUCAUGAAAGUUGGACCUGACAGAAUAAAAUUACUACGAAGAAAAAACGUCAAAAAAAGUAAUGGGCAAUCAAAAGAAUAAUUGUUUGGAUGAUGCGACAUUUGUGAGCAUUGAUCUUUCCUGUUCUUGCAGUGAUCACCACGACUAUAAUUCUUUUUUUUCCUUUUUUAAGGUUAAACGCGCACUUAUAUUUAUGUUAGUACCAUAAACUGCAGAAUUUUUGAUACCGGCAUUUAUAAAUCCAGUGUUUUUUUU